UUAAAAAAUGGGCAAUUGAGUUGCCAGUUCGAAUGCAAAAGAUGUGAGGUUGGAAGAUGCCACAAAUACAUACCAUAGUUGCUUUGAACGCAUUCCGGACCAAUGAAGCUCAUUUGGAAUCUCUUUGUCAGCGCCCUGAUUGUGCUUGUCGGCGCGAUCCAAGGAUCUCUUGCUCAUGACCGCAAUGUGGCGAAGAUAGGUGCCAAGCUUCGUGCUGCUCGACGGAUGCUGAGUGUAGAAGAUGGGCCUGUCGCAUUCGACAGCGUAGAAGCCGAGGCUGCCGAAUCCAAUAGCAGUUGCAUUACCAAGGAGGUCCUGUUGUUUGGAGAGAAUCUGUACACCGAAGCAACCUAUUUCAAUAGUUUUGGAGAAGGAAUCCCACAGCCGCUGGACCAAGAGGUCUUCAACUUGCCACUCUACGACGCGGCAGCUUACCUUGAAAAUUCGACCGUUGUUGAAAUUGGUUCCAUCCAAGAGCAAGUCUUGUACGUGCCACCAUCCACCACUGACAUUGCAUCUUUGCAAUGCUUGGGGAGAAGUGUUUGGACUUUUGCGGAUGGUCAGUUGAGCGACAGCUACACUUGCAUCAACCCCACUGACGGAGUCAUGAUCACGGGCGGUACCGGUUCCUAUGCUUGUGCAAAUGGCUACGCCGAUCUGGUCGACUUGACAGCUGACUAUUUUGAGGGAGGUGGCUAUAUUGUGUGGAAACUGGUGUAUUGCGGCGGCUGCUAGAACGGUGACAACACGAAAGGAGCUUUAACCAACGGAAGUCCUGCGUCUAUGUUACAAACAACGAUAAUUUGAUUCUACGUUAUGGUGAUUUGAUCUUUUGUAGUUGCUAAAUAUUGGCGGGCUGGAUGGUUGGUGUAGGAUCCAGCACCAGGUACCGUACCGGUACCGAGCUCGGUACUUGAAACGAUUGCUUCAUUCCAAUGACAGAGGGGGUUUAGAGUAGGGAAGUUAGCAAUUCAUUCUCUAUCGCAGGCUACAAGCUGCUGCCUGUGCCGUAGCUUGGCAGAGUCCGCCAAGGGGGUUCACGAAUGCAUGUUGCUUGAUGCCAGCAAUUCCUAGUUCGAUCAAGCUGGCGAAUAAGUAUUGUGGCUCUUGCAAGAGGGUAACCAUGUGAUUUUUUCUUCGAUCCGAGCUAGGCAACAAUGUUCUGUCUCUUCCCGUAAGAUUGACCAUGGCACCAUGGCGACAUCGAUGCGCAGAUCAUGAAGGAAUCCCGAACUACCAGUAGCUGGAGGCGAGGCUUUGAUGCGACACCCUACACAGCCCUUUCCCAGCAAGAAAACUAGACGCGGUCAAGGCUGUUCAGGACAUGUUUGCAUUGCUUCCACUAGCUAGCUAGUUGUUUUCUGGAAGGAUACAAAGCUAGCUA